ACCUCUAGCUGUCUUCGCGAGGACCCAGAACUAGUAAACAAGAGUGGAAUAAACAAGUUGUGUAUUUUUAUGUCCUAAAUAUACCUCCUCAUGUUCUUACCUCAGCUAGUUUACAGUCGACAUAGACGUAGCUUCAGCUGCUGUUAGCUUGAAGCGGCCUCUUACGCAAGAAGCCGGACUUUAGCCUGUGGUGCCGCAGUGAAGGUGCUCCGUCGAUCACCGCUGCUCUACCUGGUUCCAGGUAUAAUCGGAUCUGUGCUCAGAUCAGAUCACAGCAUGCUCCCCGACAAGGACGGGCCAGAUGUUGGAGGAGGUCAGAGAUCACCAGACGGAGAAGACCCCUCUGUGACUCUGUUCAGAGAAUACCUGCGUCUGAAAACGGUCCACCCAGAACCCGACUACGAUGCUGCUCUCAGAUUCCUGGAUAGAAUCGCAGUGGAGCUCGAGCUUCCUCUGAAAAAAAUCGAGGUUUGUCCAGGAAGGGUCGUGUCGAUCAUGACAUGGGAAGGAACAAAACCCCAGUUGAAAUCUGUCCUGCUGAAUUCCCACACAGAUGUUGUACCUGUUUACCAGGAACAUUGGAAGUACGAUGCUUUUAAAGCUUUCAAAGACGCAGAGGGGAACAUAUAUGCUCGGGGAACUCAGGACAUGAAAUGUGUGACGAUACAGUACAUCCAGGCAGUUAGAAAACUGAAAGCACAGGGAUGGAAACCAACACGCACUGUGCAUUUGAUGUUUGUUCCCGAUGAGGAAGUUGGUGGUCACAAAGGAAUGGAAACGUUUGUGACGCAGCCUGAGUUUCAAAAACUAAACAUUGGUUUUGCUCUUGAUGAAGGUCUGGCCAAUCCUGGGGAGGCGUUCACUGUGUUUUAUGGAGAAAGAAACCCCUGGUGGAUUACUAUUCACUGCCCCGGAAGUCCAGGUCACGGGUCGCGAUUUGUGGAAAACACUGCUGCUGAGAAGCUGCGGCAAGUCAUCAAUUCUUUCCUGGACUUUAGAGAGAAGGAAAAACAACGGCUCAACACCAGCGAGUGUUUCACUCUGGGAGAUGUGACCACUGUGAAUAUGACAAUGGUCAAAGGGGGCGUGGCUUACAAUGUCAUCCCAGCUGAAAUGGACGUCAGCUUUGAUCUCAGAAUACCUCCAACUGUCAAUCUACAGGAGUUUGAAAGACAGAUCAAGAAGUGGUGUGCACAAGCAGGAGAAGACAUCACUUACACGUUUGCUCAGAAACACAUGAACCAGAAUGUCACAUCAACAGAUGACACGGAUCCCUGGUGGAGCGCCUUCAGUGCUGCUUGCAAGUCAAUAAAUAUGACUCUGGAGAAAGAAAUCUUUCCAGCCGCUACAGACAGCCGUUUUAUCCGAGCUGUGGGAAUUCCCGCUAUCGGCUUCUCCCCAAUGAACCGCACUCCGAUUCUGCUGCACGAUCACAACGAGUUUCUGAACGAGCAAGUGUUCCUGAAAGGCAUCGGCGUGUACGAGAGGCUCAUCCCAGCUUUAACAAGUGUUCCCGCCUUAGCCGGCGAGGCUUAGACCCCCCUCUCCUUUUUAAUCCCCGUAUUUCACAGAUGAUAUGCAGGGUUAUUUACAGAGAUUACCAAAGAAAAACAUGUCUGUCAUAAUGAGAACGUAACACUUAGCCUUUUGGUGCUGUUAAUUUUGGAUGAUUCUCAGGAUAUGAUUACAAUACUGGAACCUUUGCAUUAAUCAUUUCUGCUGCAGCUUUUUCACAACAUUGACUGAAAGUGUGUCAUCUUGGUAGAUUAUCAUUUUCUCUGAUUUAUCAAAGUUUUCAUUUGUAUAGAGGAAAAAAUAAUUAAUCUAUUUUGUAAAGAUUAAUUUAGUAAACCAAAGUAUUGCUUAAAUUGAUUUUUUUUACUGAUCAAAACUAUUGUAAAUAAAUAUUAAAUCAUUAAAAAUG